AAGGGAGAAAAGCCUUUCUUCUUCCUCUUCCUCUUCCAUUCACUUCCUCUCUUCUCCUUCCCCAUGCUUUGUCCAAGAAGCAAGCGAAGGUUUAUGCGAUCCACUUUCAAGUAAAGCAGAGGCCAUGGAAACGGAGGAGGAAGCAAACACGAAAGAACAAUGGCAGGCUUCUCUCUAGGUGGCGGAGGUGACGACGGCGGCUUCGGCCACGGAAACCAACGAGGAGGCGAAGAAGAAAGCCACUUCCUUUACAACAGAACCGGCCGCGGCGGCCAAAACGUAUGGAAACAGCAAGAGCAACUUUUCUCAGUGCCGACGGGCUCUCUGCUCGCCUUCGGCGGCGGUGAUGAGCCCGCCAGCGAUAACAGAGAAGGAAUAAGCUGCCAAGACUGCGGAAACCAAGCGAGAAAAGAUUGUUCUCACAUGCGAUGCCGCACUUGCUGUAAAAACCGCGGCUUUCAUUGCCAAACACACGUCAAAAGCACAUGGGUUCCAGCCGCCAAACGCCGAGACAGAAAUCAGAGGUUCGCUGCCGGAGAGAGCUCCAGAAGAGCGGUGAUGGACCAAGAUGAGAUUUUUCCGGCGGAAGUGUGCUUACCGGCAGUAUUUCGAUGCGUGAGGGUGAAACAAGUGGAUGAGGCGGAGGAGCAGCUUGCGUAUCAGACGGCGGUUAGUAUAAGAGGACGCGUAUUCAAGGGUUUAUUAUAUGAUCAAGGCCCUCAGUUUUCCUCAGCGGAGCGCCAAAUGCUCCACUCCGGCGAGUCUUCGUCAAGCGCCGCCGGUGGGUUUGGGACGGGAGUUAUUAUGGGGAGUACGACGGCGGCUGCCGGCGAUUUGGUUACGGAUACUUCAUCAAUAUAUCCGAAUCCUGUUGGGGCUUUCAUGUCAGGAACACUGUUCUUUCCUCAACAACAGCCGAAGCCUUAAUUGAAAGCUGAGCGGAUCCGAUUUAUUCAGCACUGCAAGGGAAUCUCUCACUGAUUUGAGAUUUUUAGAAAGCAACUGCAGCAAAGGGAAGAGCGCAGAUUGCAGGAAUAUGAUGAAUCAAAG